AAAAGGGGGCUUGUUCUUCGCGGAGCUGCCUGGGUGUGUGAGCGCGGAGCGCUGUGGGAUGGGAGCAGAGAAAGGAGGCGCGGAGCGUCCAGCCUGCAGUCCUGCCACAGAGAGCGGAGCAGCAGCAGCAGGAGGAGCAGGGGGAGCACCGAAUCACAGCAGCAGCACUGACACACGGAGCCGGCCAGGGAGGACGCAGCAGCGGGCUCACGCUCACCUGAAGGCCACUGAUGAAGACAAGGAUUAACGGUCCCAGAGGAGCUUUCUGACCGCCCGGAGGAGCUCCAACAACACCCUGCAGCGCUUUAUCCAGACCUCUUUUUCUUCUGCAAGUGCACUUAGACUUUCCUCAGCAGUCUGAUUGAAGUCUACAGUUUUACUCUGAUCACAGAUAUUGUUUCAUUCUUGCAAUUGCCCGUUUCGGUCUCUGGUUUACUGAAAAUGCAACUGCUGGGCGCGCAAGAGCCGCGCUGUCAGUUCCUCUGACCUUAGGAGGAUUUCAUUGAAUUCUGUCGGCCUUGUUGACUCGAUUGGAAGUCUUGGGAGAGAUUGACUUUUGCAACCCUAAACAGACACCUGUCAGUAAAACCCGGAGGGUCUGUUCACCUCCAUCCAACAUGCGGGCCAUCCCAUCCAGACUCAGCUAUCUGUUUCUGCACCUGUUUGCGUUCUGCUACUAUGCUCAGGUAACCAAUCAGUCCCCGCCUAAUUUCACGCAGCAUGUAAGCGAGCAGAGCAAAGUGACGGACCGGGUGAGCCGCAGGCUGAUUCGGAUCUACCAGCUGUACAGCCGGACCAGCGGCAAGCAUGUGCAGGUCCUGCCCAACAAGAAGAUCAACGCCAUGGCCGAGGACGGGGACGCGCACGCUAAACUCAUUGUAGAGACUGACACGUUUGGGAGUCGCGUUCGCAUCAAGGGAGCCGAGACGGGCCUCUACAUCUGCAUGAACAAGAAGGGGAAGCUCAUUGGCAAGGAAAAUGGACAGGGCCGCGACUGUAUUUUCACAGAGAUUGUUCUGGAAAACAACUACACAGCCCUGAGGAACGCCCGGUACGAUGGCUGGUACAUGGCCUUCACUCGCCGCGGGCGGCCACGCAGGGGCUCCAGGACACGCCAGCACCAGCGUGAGGUGCAUUUUAUGAAGAGGUUGCCAAAAGGGCAGCAGCCCACCCACCCAGGCCAGCAUCGGCCUUUUGACUUCAUCCACUACCCUUUCAGUCAAAGGACUAAACGCACACGACACUCUUCACAGCCCUGAAGACGAACAGAAAGACCUGAAAACAGAAAAGGGAAGAAGAGAGAACAGACAUUUUGACUGAAGUGCUGAAACGCUCCUUUCCAAAAAAGGCCUUCUAGAUAUUUUUCAUACAGUACCCUAACACGUAGCUUAUUUUCAAAUUUUCUUAAAUGAACAAAGAAAGUUCAUGGACAUAAAGGAAUAAGAAAAUAUACGUAUAAAAAAUAUUUUUCUACUCCAGACUUUUUAGUGCUGAGAAUAUUUUUUUUAGAUACACAUGACCCAUUAUUUGUCUUAUCUUCAGCAUCUUUGUAGAGUGCAUUGUUUGGUUUAUUGCAUAUCAUUUUGACUAGAGGAGUCUCUUUUCUUGGACUUUUACCUGCUGCUCAAGGAGACUUGAAGGACCCUGAGUGACCGCACUGCCAGGGAAUGCUGGGUUUACGGACACACUGUGAGACACGGCACUGCAGAGCCCAGGCAGCAACACCGUGGUGGGAACACUGCAGUCUGUUUGCCAGAUGCUUCAUCCUGACUGGAAUCAUUUAAGCAAACAAAGUGCUCAUAGCAUACUUGGAACAAUGUGGCAGCUAUAAUUUAUAUUUACAGGUUUCCUGAUCUGAUUGUAGUGACUCCUGUACAAACUGUUUUGAAGUGUAAGAAAUCCUUUGUCAGACCCUUUUGCUCCUCACUUUAUGGUUUCUUGUUUCUCCCUAAUGUUUUUAUACAUAUAUAAAUAUAUUUUUAUUUCAG